AUGUCCGAGUCUGAAUCGUCGAUUGUGAUGUCAGUCCUACAAGGGCCGCUUUGCGGUACACUUGCUACCAUGCUGCUGUACGGUGUUGUCUGCAUGCAGACCUUUCACUACUGGCAAGCAUACGAGCAUGACGGGAAGAUUCUGAAGUCUGUGGUGGCAUUCAUCUGGAUUCUCGAGACUGCUCAUACAGCAUUGUCGAUACAUUUUGUCGAGUAUUAUCUUAUCAUCCAUUUCGGAGAGUUGUUACAGUUAUUAUUUGCAGUUUGGAGCAUGGGGGCUACAUAUUUUGUUGGUUUUAUUAUAGGUUAUGCUGUGAAUCUUUGCUUCAUCUGGCGGAUACUGCUACUGAGCCAAAAACGCUGGAUUGCUGUUUUAUUUGUCAUUGUUGCAACUGUUCGCUGUGGAUUUGGACUUGCAAACUGCGUUUUGAGUUGGACAUAUCCUUUGUGGACGGAAUUCAGAAUUCGCGUCUUUUCCACCAUGGUGGUUGGUCAGGUGCUUUCAGCAGUAGUCGACGGUGCUAUUGCGUUGACACUAUGCCUUUAUAUUCGAAAACUUCACCUUGUUGCACUUAGAACGGACAGUGUCCUCAACCGCCUCCUAUUAUAUAGUAUCAACACUGGUGCUGCCACAUCGCUCUUCGCCAUUCUAGCGGUCAUUGUGUUUCUCGUUCUACCAACUAAUCCGGCAUUCAUUGCUUUUGUCCAAGUCCAGAGCAAACUCUAUGCCAUAUCAUUGUUGGCAUCGCUAAACACCCGCAAAAGCACGUUCGAAAUGACCAAACAGUCUGUUCCCGCCGCGGACGGUGUUGCGCUUUCUCUGUUCAAAACAACACCGCAGCAUCCGUCGUACAUGCAUCCGAUUAAAGUCCAGAAGAGUGCUGUGAUGGACAUUUACGGCGAUGAUGUGGAUACAUAUACCGGAAAUAACAGCACUACUCAAGAGAGUGAAUGUUGAGUUCAGUGCACUGGCAGGCCAGUCAGGACCGCUGAACCAGUAUGGAUCGAUAGACUAUUUAUUAUUGAGGUGAAGGAACGAGGAAAGUGAAUGAUUGACUCCGCCAACUUUGCAUAUGAUUAUUUAUCCUCACAAUCUUUACCAAUGUUCUAAUAUCAUGGCAGAACAUGACGCUACUGCUAUCCAAACAUCAUAUGCCCUGUUGCUGUCGAGGCGAAUCAAACUUGAAAUGCACUUGGCUCGCUUCGAAAUUUUGAAGUCGAGUUUUGUGUUUCUGGAGCGGAGUUGCUGUGAGCGCUUGUUAAAUUCUCGCGCUGUCACGGUGUACCGAAGCCCAGGUUGUCUUUUUUUACUCGCAACCAAGACUCCGCCUCCGACACGGUGUAACUGAUGUUUACCGGAUCAAGUUCAUAGGUUCGGUGGAAGGGGUGCGCAAGCA